AUGUUUAAUCCAUACGAUCUACGAAGGGUCUUCAUCGAUCCGAACACGAGUAGCGCCUCUAUCCCGUUUCCGUACGCUUCUGCCGCGGACUCUGCCCAGGUGCCACAUGGGCCCCGGCCUGAGGGCAACAUUUUGUAUCUGACGCCGCCUUAUCCCUCACGUGUGUCCGGGACCCCAUCGGCUUCCAACAGCACAACAGAGUUCUCCAAUUCGCAGCUGCUGGGGAUUCACUCGGCGAACCACAAGACCGGAGAGCCAUCCACCGCGGCUACCAUCGGCACCCCAGCCACCACCGCCGCGUCCGUUUCUCUUGUGAACUUAAUGCAGCCCCCACAGCCGCCGUCUAACAUCUCGUACGAUCCUGCUCGGAUGGGCAGUGGCACAGCGACGUCUUUCUCACGAUACCCCGAAACGCAGCCAGGGUUCUCGCAGGCUAACACACCCCUGCAUGCCACGCAGCCACAGAUGUUGCAGCAAUCAUUCGUGUUGCAGGCCCACUCUCCUUCGCAACCCUUUACCGCAUCGAGCGCAGCAGCCACCUCGCCAGCGAGGCAGAGGCUCAUGCUAAUCUCUGGUCCCGCCCCGACGACUUCGAUGAGCCCCUUCUACCCGUAUCAGACCGCGGCAGUGCCUGCCGCGGCCAUGCAGAGCGGCUCUUCCCAUCACCCGCCCUCGACGACUACCCAGCUUAUUUCACCUCUGCAGCUCACCUCUCCCACCUCACAGGGACCCUCCGCGGGUGGAAACUUCGCAUACGUGGUGGAGUCUGGCUCACCUGCUCCGCUUCUCGCGUAUUCGGUGUCUCAGACGUCCUUUGUCCCCUUCGCCAGCCAGCCCUGGCCGCCUGCCGCGGCCGUGCCCAUGCUAUCGAGCGCCUCGGGAAAGCCGACGAUGGCACCGCGUGAGAGCACUUCGGGUGCCGACGCGGCCUCGCUACAGUCUCCAACGCAGCAGCCUUUUGCCACGUCGGCCGCCAUGGGUUCACAGAGUCACUGCCCCAACUCCUUUCUUGCCUCCCCGGAAGCGGCCCCAACCAGGACGUCGCCCGCGCGCGCCGGGGGCACGACAGGGGCAGCGGGCGGCUCGCCAGACGGCAUGCAGCCUGCGGCCCUUGGUGUACGAAAUUUCUCUGCACCAGAGCCCGUAGGAAGCUGCCUGUUACCAAACGUGCCCCUCGACCCCAUCAUCCCACCACUAGCCCUGCCCUGUCCGCGGUGGGGCAAGCUUCCGCGUUCGUAG